UUAACUUGAUAACAGCAGUUAUAAGUCACCGAAAUUCUAGGUUUUGCUCUUCCUGUUCUAAAUCAGUGACACAGCCCUUGCUACUAAAUUCUAAAGAAGCUACAGAAGCUACUGAGAAAAUAAAAACACAGACGAAAAAGGAAUGAAAGAACUCACAAAAGAAUAACAUGGAAUGAACAGAUCAAGAUUUCCUGGCAUCAUUCAUCUGUAGCGCUGCACAAAGUGGUCUGCCAUGGAGACUGGCCCCCCUGCAGGGACCAGUUCCCGUGACGAGAAAACUCACCUCCGUUCCAACUCAAAAGGGACUCCCCACUAUGGAACCAUUGCCAAUGGCCAAGUGGACAACUCACCGGAGAUCACACAAAUCUCACCAAGACGAGCCUACAUAGCCGUGGCUGUACUGUGCUAUGUCAAUCUGCUGAACUAUAUGGACCGGUACACAAUCGCAGGUGUACUUCAGAGUAUCCAGACCUACUUUGGUAUAAACGACAGCACAUCUGGCCUGCUGCAAACAGUUUUUAUCUGCAGUUUUAUGCUACUGGCUCCAGUCUUUGGCUACCUCGGGGAUCGCUACAACAGGAAGCUCAUCAUGGUUGCUGGUCUUGCUGUGUGGAUUGGGACCACACUUGGCAGCUCUUUCGUCACCAAAUCGUAUUUCUGGGUGCUGGUGCUGAUGAGGGCUUUUGUGGGGACAGGAGAGGCCAGCUACUGCACCGUCGCCCCCACCAUCAUCGGGGAUCUCUUCAGCGACUCUAAGAGGACCCUGAUGAUCUCCUUCUUCUACAUCUUCAUUCCUGUCGGAAGUGGUCUUGGAUACAUUGUCGGAUCCACAAUUGCCAGUGCCACAGGAGAUUGGAGUUGGGCGCUUAGGCUUAAUCCCAUCCUUGGAGCGUUUGGACUGGUGCUGUUGCUCUUUCUGACCCCUAACCCGCCAAGGGGAGCCUCCGACUUGCAGGGAGGGGUGCAAAUCGAGCGGACAUCCUAUCUGGAGGACAUCAAGUACCUCUUGAGGAAUCGGAGCUUUGUGUGGUCCUCGCUGGGCGUGACCGCCAUGGCGUUUGUCACGGGGGCGUUGGCCUUCUGGACGCCCACGUUUCUGUCCCGAGCCCGGGUGACCAUGGGCCUCAGACCUCCUUGCGAGAAGGAACCUUGUGACUCCUCUGACAGCUAUAUAUUUGGGGCGAUCACUGUGGUGACAGGAAUCUUGGGUGUGUCCCUGGGCACCUGGAUAUCUGGCCGGCUUCGAGACAGAGUGCCCAAUGCUGACCCACUGAUCUGCGCGGUGGGCAUGCUGGCUUCUGCUCCCUGUUUCUUUAUAGCCAUCAUACUGGCGUCGACAAGCAUCCCUGCAACAUAUGUCUUCAUUGGGAUUGGAGAAACUCUUCUCUCACUAAACUGGGCCAUUCUUGCUGACAUCCUGCUGUAUGUUGUUGUGCCAACAAGGAGGGCUACAGCAGAGGCCUUGCAAAUCAUGGUGUGCCAUCUUUUUGGUGAUGCUGGGAGCCCUUAUCUGCUGGGUGCGAUCUCGGACGCUCUGAGUAAAUACGACCCAGACUCUCUGACCUGGCGCUUCCGCAGUCUGGAGUACAGUGUUCUGAUCUGCCCGUUCAUAGGCGUGCUGGGAGGGCUCUUCUUCCUCAUGACGGCCCUCUACAUCAACGAGGACAGAAAGGCAGCGCAGCUACUGACCACAGGUGAACCUCCCGUUCAAGUUGUCCCACUGGCAGUGGAAGGCCAACCUGUAGCAUGAGGAAGAGUGUGUGUGUGUGUGGGGGUGGGGGUGGGGGGGUCACUACUGAAUGAAUGGCGCAAAAGCUAUGCAACAGUCUGUGACCCACUCUGGACACUUCCCUGGAGUGGGGGUGUGUGUGAGUAUAGUGACACUUUCAAAGCUUUUAAGAUACUAACAGUCUACGGUGAGCCCCAUGUCCUGCUAUAAAUUCAAGGGCUGCUACAUAAGGGUUGUGUCAAGUCAAGACAUUGCUGUACAUUUUGUUGUUAUUUUUUUCCUAAACUGCUAAUAAGGUCGACUGUCACAAUAGGAAUUUUGUUUUAUACUGUACAUAGUCCUGAACCUGUAUCUACUGCCAAGUCAUGACUUUUAAAAAAAAUAAAUAAUAAUUAUAGUCUAUUUAAUUAGGCCCACCAUAUGUCUCUAGCUGAGCUACACCCUACACAAUGUCUUACCUGUUUAAAACAUGCCCGAUUCAGCUUACUGUAGCUGUUCCACACGCUCGGCACAGCUGGUCUUCGUUAAUGAGAACGGCAGGGGGAGUAAACUUACCUGAGGAUGCUGCGCAGUGUAUAGUGCAGUCUGUCUCCAACCACCAUCUUGGACUCCAGCCAUGAAAAAUGUACAACUAUUUUCUACGCCUAUGCCUUUUUUGUUCUGCUUUUAUUCUGUUUUUUUACUCUUUUAAUUAAAACUCAAAGCUUUUA